ACCCUUUGUUUCCUUUUCAUUCUGAUUUUGUGACGCAUUGGCAUAGGUCCAACACUCACCAGAUACAGGACACGUUGCGUGAAUCUCAGACCAACACUCACCAGUCCUUAGUCGCCAACAAUGGCGGCUCUUUUUCAAAUAACUAGGGGUGUCAGAGCCAUCUGUUUUUGCAAAAGCAGGGGCAGGCGUCCUAACUCCUAAGGCGGUUUUCGAAUUUCACAUUCCCAUCUCUAUGUUUAUAUAUACAAACAUUGAAAUCACCUCAAACUCUCAAGUCUGAAGUGAGAUCGCCUCUUUACUUUUGUCUGAAUUCAGAGAGAGAGAGAGAGAGAGAGCAAAGAUGGUGACACUGCUGGUAGCUACGACCCUCGAUCCGGCUUCCAUUGGCCCUGCCUCUGCGCUCUUAGCCAUGCCCGGUUGGCAGCCAGGCCCUUCUCUUCAGGAUAUACCAAGCUUCGUGAAUGGAGAGGUGAGACUAUUAAAGCAUGACAACGGCAUUGUGGCAGAGGAUGACCUUGAUAAGCGUUGGGAGGAGGCCACCGGUGAGGUGGUGGAUGAAAUCAUGUUCUUUAGCAGGCACACUGCUGUUUCAAACCGCCCUGCCCUCACUGUUCAUCCUAUCGGUAUACCCCAUUUAAGUGAAGGUGAUAUACCUCCUCAAGGUGGCAAGCCUGGCUGGGCUGCGCUUCCAAGUCCUCGGGUAGGGCCAUGGUUGAGGCUUCUAAAGAAAAUUGCCGAAACUCAUAAUUUAAUUCCUGAAUUUGAGGUUACUCUGGAGGGUACACAUCAUGGUCCUGUAACCAAUUCGCCAACCUUGUUUUUAGAGAUUGGUAGUACAGAGGAGUAUUGGAAAAGGCAGGAUGCUGCACAAGCUGUUGCUUUACUAGUAUGGGAAGGACUUGGGCUUGGGGGAGGUGGUUCUGUAGGAAAUUGGGUCAGGAAUGACAAUAGAAACAAAGUACUUUUGGGAAUAGGUGGUGGACAUUAUGCACCUCGACAUAUGGAUGUUGUUCAAAAAGAUGGUGUUUGGGUGGGUCACCUUCUUUCUGGAUAUUCCUUGCCAAUGGAAGACCCAGGUCGAUCAAAAGGAGAAACUAAUGGAAAAGACAUUGGAGGAACAUGGAAGCAGUCAAUUAAAGUAGCACUUGAGGCCACUCAAUCAGCUUUUCCAGGUGGAGAAGUAAUUGCACAUCUGGAUCACAAGAGCUUCAAAAGCUGGCAGAAAAAUGCGAUUAUGGCUUUCCUUGCUGAACAGAAUAUCCGGGUUGGCAAGCCAGAUGACUUUUUGUAAUUUUCUUUUGAGAGAUGGUUAAAUGCUUUCGGUCAUAUAUAUUCUGCUAUUUUAUAAUUUUGGGAGGUGGAAAUGGAAUGCAUUUGUAUGAGUGAGUUUUAAAGGUUGUUAUUUAUCUUUUAAUUUUUUAGAGAUUUUUCAACAGUCAAGUGGAAGGAGGGGAUGCUGUUAGAGUUUCCUUUCUGAGAUUCUUGUACCGAAUUUCUGAAUUGCAGAGAAAUUUACAUGUAAGGUUGUUAGGAUGAACGAAGCAAAAUCAAAUAUUCAAAAAUUGUGAACACAAUUAUGGACGAGAA